AUGUCUGUAAAAGGUGCAAAGGGAGGACCAGAAAGUAAACCGUCCUCUGCUGCCAGCAUCGCUCCACGAGGAGGGAAGGGCGCAGCAGCUGGCAGAUCGCCCGCCUCUGGGAGAUUUAAAAACAAGGCUCUUCAGCUCAGCCUCUCCAAGAAAUUCUGCUCAAGGUCAGAGUCGCCCUCGGCCCAGGGGAAGGAGGAGGCCCGUCGGCACAGUAAAAGGAGCCUCAGCAACAGCUCAGCGGUGGCUGCUGCCUACAUUUCCUACCUGAACAAACUCUUUGGACAGGAGAGAUCUCUGAUGCCAGAGGAGAUAGAUGAGCUCCAAGGGGCCUUCAAGGAAUUUGACUACGACGGGGACGGCUUCAUCCACUACAAAGACAUCGCGGACUGCAUGAGGACCAUGGGCUACAUGCCCACAGAGAUGGAGCUCAUCGAGAUCAUCCAGCAAAUCAAGAUGAAAUGGGGGGGUCACGUAGACUUUGAUGAUUUCUGCGAGUUAAUGGGGCCCCGGAUGCUGGCUGAGACGGCUCAUAUGGUCGGGCUGAAGGAGCUCCGCUGUGCCUUCAAACAGUUUGACUGUGAUGGUGAUGGAAAGAUCACGCUCGAUGAGCUGAAGGAGGGCAUGAAGACCCUCCUGGGGGAGAAGAUGAAGAAAGGUGAGCUGGAGGAGAUCCUCAGCGACAUUGACCUCAACAAAGACGGCAACAUUGACUUUGAUGAGUUUGUUAUGAUGCUUUCUGCUCAAUGACACGUCUGAUGGAAAAAAGAGAGCAUACAACAGCUGAUUGGGCAGCGAUGAUGUUUCUAUACUACAAUGCAAACAAUUAGUACCUCGUAUGGAUAGUUUGGUCAUAAUCAAAUCUAAUAAAGCCACAACCACACAGGCCUGAGUUGAUUUUUUGUGUCAAAAUUCUUGAUAAAUAAAUAUACGUUUUUUUUACUUGGUUAAAAUUC